AUGGUUGCUUUCAAGAGCUUCGUGGUCGGCGCUCUGGCAGCUACCGUUGCCGCCAAGUCUGCCGUCCUCGACCUCAUCCCCUCCAACUUUGACGAUGUCGUCCUGAAGUCUGGCAAGCCCACUCUGGUCGAGUUCUUCGCCCCCUGGUGCGGCCACUGCAAGAACCUCGCCCCCGUCUACGAGGAGCUUGCUUCUAGCUUCGAGUCCAACAAGGACGUCCAGAUUGCCAAGGUCGAUGCCGACGCCGAGCGUGACCUGGGCAAGAGGUUCGGGAUUCAGGGAUUCCCUACUCUCAAGUGGUUCGAUGGCAAGAGCGACAAGCCCACCGACUACAGCGGUGGCCGCGACCUGGAGAGCUUGAGCAACUUCAUCACCGAGAAGACCAAUGCCAAGCCCAAGAAGAAGUACACACCGCCUAGCGCUGUGAACAUGCUCACCGACGAGUCCUUCAAGACCAUUGUUGGUGGUGACAAGGACGUCUUUGUCGCCUUCACUGCCCCCUGGUGCGGACACUGCAAGAACCUCGCCCCCACCUGGGAGACUCUCGCUCAGGACUUCUCUCUCGAUGAGGGUGUCGUGAUCGCCAAGGUCGAUGCCGAGAACGAGGCCAGCAAGGGAACUGCCGCUGCUGAGGGCGUCUCCUCCUACCCCACCAUCAAGUUCUUCCCCAAGGGCUCCAAGAAGGGCGAGCUCUACAGCGGCGGCCGCAAGGAGGAGGACUUCGUCGCCUUCAUCAACGAGAAGACUGGCACCGCCCGUGUUGCUGGUGGUGGCCUGAACGCCGUUGCCGGCACCAUUGCUGCCCUUGACGAGAUCGUCGCCAAGUACAUCAGCGGCACCACCAUUGCUGACGCUGCCGCCGAGGCCAAGAAGGAGGCCGAGACCCUCAAGGAGAAGGCCCAGUACAAGUACGCCGAGUACUACGUCCGCGUCUUUGACAAGCUCUCCAAGAACGACGGCUACGUCAAGAAGGAGGUCGCCCGUCUCGACGGCAUCCUCAAGAAGGGCGGCCUCGCCCCCGCCAAGCGCGACGAGAUCACCAGCAAGACCAACAUCCUCCGCAAGUUCCUCGAGCAGGCCAAGGAGAAGGUCUCCGACGCGAAGGAGGAGUUGUAG